GCCGCCACCGCUGUCCUUCUAGCAGCGCGGGUCAGUCGGACAGCCAAGGCACCCGGCGCUGGGCGAUGGGAAGCGGCGCGGCCGCGGACCUAGGCAGUGACAAAGUUUCCCAGACAAGCGUAUCUGGGUGUGCUGCUGCUGGAUACCCGUGACCUCUCUGGAAAGGGCUCGGGGAUUUUUAAUUUGGAGAAAAAAACCACCCAAAUACCUCAUUUCCUUUGUCAAGCUCCCUCUCUGGUGGGCAGCAGCGAGAGCUGUAAACUUGGGUACGGCGGCCCCGCAGCCAGAGGAUUGAGCUUUGGAAAACAUCAGGACUCAGGUGCUCAAGCGCCCAGCUACCCGGCUUGUACUAGUGGGUGUGAGCACGGGGCGAACGACGAGGAGGGGCCCCAGGGAGCUCUAUAUGGAGGAGGGAGCCCAGAAUGGUGUGUACCAGGAAGACCAAAACUUUGGUGUCCACUUGCGUGAUCUUGAGCGGCAUGACCAACAUCAUCUGCCUGCUCUAUGUGGGCUGGGUUACCAACUACAUCGCUAGUGUGUAUGUGCGGGGGCAGGAGCCGGCGCCCGACAAGAAGCUGGAGGAAGACAAAGGGGACACCAUGAAGAUCAUUGAGCGACUGGACCACCUGGAGAAUGUUAUCAAACAGCAUAUCCAAGAGACUCCUGCUAAGCCUGAGGAAGCAGAGACUGAGCCCUUCACAGAUUCUUCGUUGUUUGCACACUGGGGCCAGGAGCUCAGCCCCGAAGGUCGGCGUGUGGCUUUGAAGCAAUUCCAGUACUACGGUUACAAUGCCUACCUCAGUGACCGCCUGCCCCUCGACCGGCCUCUGCCCGACCUCAGACCCAGUGGGUGCCGCAACCUCUCAUUCCCCGACAGCCUGCCAGAGGUGAGCAUUGUGUUCAUCUUCGUCAAUGAAGCUCUCUCCGUGUUGCUGCGCUCUAUCCACUCAGCCAUUGAACGCACGCCUUCACACUUGCUCAAGGAGAUCAUACUUGUGGAUGACAAUAGCAGCAAUGAGGAACUGAAAGAGAAGCUGACAGAAUAUGUGGACAAGAUGAAUGGCCAGAAGCCAGGCUUCAUCAAGAUUGUCCGUCACAGCAAACAGGAAGGCCUCAUUCGCUCCAGGGUCAGCGGCUGGCGGGUGGCCACUGCUCCAGUGGUGGCACUCUUCGAUGCCCACGUGGAGUUCAAUGUGGGUUGGGCUGAACCUGUCCUUACCCGCAUAAAGGAGAACCGGAAACGGGUCAUCUCACCAUCCUUUGAUAACAUCAAAUUCGACAACUUUGAGAUAGAAGAGUACCCACUGGCUGCCCAGGGCUUUGACUGGGAGUUGUGGUGCCGCUACCUAAACCCCCCAAAGGCCUGGUGGAAGCUGGAGAACUCUACCGCCCCAAUUAGGAGCCCUGCCCUCAUUGGCUGCUUCAUUGUGGAUCGGCAGUACUUCCAGGAGAUCGGCUUAUUGGAUGAAGGCAUGGAGGUCUAUGGAGGAGAGAAUGUGGAGCUUGGGAUCAGGGUGUGGCAGUGUGGUGGGAGUGUGGAGGUCCUGCCCUGCUCCAGGAUUGCCCACAUUGAGCGAGCCCACAAGCCCUACACCGAGGACCUCACUGCCCAUGUGCGCAGGAACGCCCUCAGAGUGGCUGAAGUCUGGAUGGAUGAAUUUAAAAGCCAUGUCUACAUGGCAUGGAACAUACCCCAAGAGGACUCAGGAAUCGACAUCGGGGACAUCACUGCGCGAAAGGCUCUGAGGAAGCAACUGCAGUGCAAGACCUUCCGAUGGUACCUGGUCAGCGUGUACCCUGAGAUGAGGAUGUAUUCGGACAUCAUUGCCUACGGGGUGCUGCAGAACUCCCUGAAGACUGAUUUGUGUCUUGAUCAGGGACCAGACACAGAGAAUGUUCCCAUUAUGUACAUCUGCCAUGGGAUGACGCCCCAGAACGUGUACUACACCAGCAGUCAGCAGAUCCAUGUAGGCACCCUGAGUCCCACGAUUGAUGACGACGACAACCGGUGCCUGGUAGAUGUCAACAGUCGACCACGCCUUAUCGAAUGCAGCUAUGCCAAAGCCAAGAGAAUGAAGCUUCACUGGCAGUUCUCUCAGGGAGGCCCCAUUCAGAACCGAAAGUCCAAGCGCUGUCUGGAGCUGCAGGAGAACAGCGACAUGGAGUUUGGUUUCCAGCUGGUGCUACAGAAGUGCUCGGGCCAGCACUGGAGUAUCACCAACGUCCUGCGGAGCCUGGCGUCCUGACCCUGCUAGGGAGUUGCCUCCUGCCCACCCCUUUGCUACUGUGUAGCACCUGCUGCAAUGCUGCCUGCUGUCCAUGUGGGGUUGUCUGGAGUCUGGGGGAGCCAGAUCAUUGGGCCCCUAAAAGAGCUUUUUAUUUCCUAUUCAAUUUUCCUGAAGUUUAUAGAAAGAUGCUGAAUGGUGGGUGAGGGGUCAUAUCAAACUAUUUUGCAAUUGUAAAUAGGGGACAAGUGGAAUCUAUUUAUAACUGACAAUAAAAUACUAUUGAUUAAGAAAUGGG